AUGGACUCAUUCCUAGCAACAGCAGCAAGAAACCUCGGCCUUCUUCUUCCUCUCGAGAAAGAGACGCGGAUCGAGAUUGUUUCCUACGCCUCGUCGCUGCCUGAUGCUGCUUCUGCUGCCACUUAUUUCCAGGAACUACUUGGAGAUGCACCGGGUGUAGUCGAAUUCAUCGAAGGCUUCUGUUCUCGUCGGUGGUCUUCUUCUUCUUCUACUCCUCCUCCUCCUCCUCCUCCUACCCCCCCUCCACAGAAAUCAAAGACAACACAAAAGCAGAAAUCAACACAGAAAUCAACGCAGAAAUCAACACAGAAAGCCAGCAUCUCUCAACUUCUCGCAUCAGCGCAAACUAAAUCCCUCUCAAAAAAUACCAUCUCUUCGUCUCAGAAGACCUCAUCUUCUACAUCUGCGCCUACUCCUCAUACAGUUCACCAUCCAACCGCCGACAAACAACUUACAUCCUCCGCCCUCGACAAAAAACCCCCACCAAAACCCUCCUCCUCAAUCAAAUCCGCGCUGAAAGAGUCCUCCAUCAAACUCAAGUCUCUCCACGACAUCGACUCCGCCCUCCGCCAACUCGAGUCCUCCUCCUCCUCCGCAACCCACCCCUGCAACUGCCAAGCGCAGCGGCAUCCGCUGCUCGAAGUCGCGCCGAACUGUCUUAAUUGUGGAAAGAUCAUCUGUGUGAAAGAAGGGCUUGGGCCUUGCUCGUUUUGUCAUACGCCGCUGCUGACGGCGGAUGAGUACGCCGCUAUCGUCACUGAACUCAAGCAAGAGCGCGGGAAGUUGAAGACCGAGAUCCAUAACGACCAGCAACGGGCAAAGAAAUCCUCCAAAUCAACCCAGAUCUCAAAGACCUACUCUGGCUCCGCAGGCGGCCAACCCCAUCUCUCCGCCUCUCCCUCCCCUUCCCCUUCUCCUUCUUCUACAACACCCCUCCCCGGCCUCGAACAAGCAACAGCCCAACUCCAAAACCUGCUCCACUUCCAAUCCACCUCCGCCCAACGCACCCGCAUCAUCGACAACGCAGCGGAUUUUGACCUGCCCACCUCCUCCUCUUCCUCAGACAAAUGGCUGACCCCCGUCGAGCGCGCCUCUCUAAUCAAGCGUCAACAGCGCACAUUGCGUAAACUACGCGCGAGCGAGAAUAAACGCAAUGGAAGGGGGAGACGCGUGGUGUCUAUUGAUUUGAAGGGGAAUAAGUUGGUCGUGGGCGAUCAUUCAGAGACGGAUUAUUCGUCUGACGAGGAUGAUAUUGAGGAGGAGGAUGAGGUCCAACAUAUCAAAUCCCAGACUGGGUUUGUGGAAAAGAUAUGGGAUCCGGAGUCUACUACCGACAGCUUCAUAAAGCCUGUCUAUUCUACUACUUCUUCUUCUUCUACUACUACUACUAAAGGAAAGAAGAAAGACGCGACUCCUCUUGCUGUCAAAGAGUAUCUCGACUCUGAGGUCUCUCUAUCAUCCAACCCCAUCCGCAUCCAGGAUGAUGAAUAG